AUGGAUAUCGCCCAAACUCGGCAGAGAUCGGCCAGCCACAGCUCCCUCCACCACUCGUACAAAGCCCACGGCCGUCACACCACGGCCAGCUCGACGACCCGCCCUCCUUCUCGACGACGACCGCUGCGCAGUGUCAACGAAAACGCGACGCUGCUCCGCUCUCCUGGGCCCUUGGAGAGCAUGCUCAAGACGACCACCGAGACGGGAGAUAUCGGAAUCUUCUCCAUCAAGGCCGGCCCCUCCUCUUCGGCCUAUCGUCAACCCCAUCCGCCACGGCCAUAUCCCUCGGAUGCCCGUCUCCUCCCCUCGCAGCAUGCCAAGUCGCAAGACAACAAACACGGUCAGGAGGAACAAGUGCUUCUUCGCUCCUACCGGGACACCACCUCGGAGAUCAUCUCUCUAUACGGAUCGGACAACCAGCAAUACUGGCUGAGAUCCGCUUCUCCCACGCUCGAUGACGGCCACCGGUCCUACUCUUUGACCACAUGCAGCUCCCGGCAGAUUCCUUCUCAAAAGUCCUCGGGCACACUUCAGAGCCAUUCGAGCAGCGGCGGCGGCGGCAGCUUGCAGCGUCCUCGCUCCCCAUUCCCUUACCCAACUCGCUUGAAGCGUCUUGGCGUCCGUCCUGCGUCGCCAGCCCUUGCCGAGAAUGGAGGCAUCGACUACAGCAGAAUGGUUGAGCUUGAUCGGGUUUCUCAGAGAACCAUCCAUGGGUCCUACAAGCCAACAUUCGCACAUGGUGCUAGACGCCCGCCGCCUCUUUCCCUGCGUGCCGACGCCAACAGGUCCACGGCUUCGUUGCCCUCGAGGGCUUCCCCCGGGCCGUGUCACUUCGGUCCGGGUCCCGGCCCUGCUCGGACGCCGAGUUCAUCCCUCUCUGGGAUGUCGAGGCCGUAUGAGCGCAACCAGGGCAGCUCCACCGAUCAGAGUGUGCGUUCGGCCAGCUUGACGUCCAUUGUCGAAAUGUACCAGAGACCCAUGACGGCCAGCAGCGCCGUCCCUGCUCUUCGCCCUGGAGGCUCUUUCUACUACGACUAUAGUGAAGAAUUUGAAAAGCCGGCCCCGCUACUCCCAAAGACGGAGCCCCAGGUUCCCAUCUGCCCCAUCCCUCAGAGGGCUGGAGGCAACAGUCGGCCCAUGGUGUUGCGAGAUGACACACAGGUCCACCUAGACGCCGUCUCACCCAGCAUAGACACAGAUGGCGCCCUGACUUCGCAGGACGAGCAGCAAGUCGAGCAUCCGAGCCCCGACGAGCAUCCGGCCCAUGGCGAGAAUGCGAAUGAGUCUGGUCUGGCUAUGCUUGUGUCCAAGCAGGGGAAUUCGCAAUCCUCGCCAUCGCUCAGUGAGCCGCGCGUGACCAAGUUGCAUGUUUACGCCACUCCGUCAAAGGUCGACGACACGCCGGACCUGGAGAGGCCUUCGUCCAUACGAGAUGCCUGGCGUCUUUCCAAGUCCCCAGGGGCCGCGCCAGAUCUCUCGGAGUCACUGCAGGACAAACGUGCCUCGCAGUCCAGUUUGAUCAAGCUGCGGUGCACACUUGAUCCCGCACUGUCGGAGUUUGCCUCUCUCUUCUCGUCUUUCGACCGCUUGACGAAGGCAUCGUUGCCCCGGAGCGGAGAGGAUGUGACGAUCAGUGACGAGCAUUGCCCCUUGCCACUGGAAGACGAGGAAGAAGUUGAAGAUUAUGGCUAUCCGAAGCGACUCGGUCGACGGCCAUCACUCCACUUGUUCAACGUGGUUGCCGCCGAGAGCAACGCACAGAAAAGACGGCAUCGCCGGAAUGCCGCGGCGCUGCGGAUCAAUACGGUCGGUCUGAACGACUCGGAGAAGAAUCGACAAAAACUAUCCCCGCCAAAGGAGGAAGUGACUAUACUCUCGCCGGAGCCGAUCUCGCCUGUUCGUCAGCUGAGGGUCAAGAACAGUAUCCCCCAGCUGAUGAAGGCUUUGCCGCCACUGCCGAGUGAAGCAGCCGAGGAGGCGUGUCGCGAGGGAGGCAGCCUUUCGGAAAAAGCUUCAUUGUCUUCCCCUCCCAAUGUGGACGGGGCUCAGGAGGCGAGCCCCCCGAAGCGCAAGAUUUUGGAGGGAAUAGCCCCUUCGCCGAGCGGGAUUUCCGGCGUAGGCAGCCAUUUCAGGAGCUCCGAAAGGGAGCGGCCAGACGGUUUGCAGCAAAAGGCAAACCAAGGAGCCAAACCAAGGCUGAAGCUCAAGCUAUCGCGCACUCAGCUCGGUCGGACGCGAUCUGGCAUCGGUAGCAAGGCUCUUCGGACGAACCGUCUGAAACAGUGCAAUUCGUUGGCAGACUUGGCUGUGCGCUCGCAAAGGGACGCAGGUGCCGAUCAGACCUUUGCCCGGGAUGAGAUGCAACAGAGGCCAAGGUCGGCGGCGAGCGACGGCGCCUGGGCGUCACGGGAAGAAAAUGUGGAUGAGCCGGAGCCUUCGCCUCAGCUGUCGGAUCAAUUCAACAUACCCUAUCCGCCGUCUCCCGAAAAGGCGGAUGGGCCUCGUCGACCAAGCACCUCGACGAACAAGGCGACGCUGAGCGAGAUGCACAGCUUUACCUCGGAUGCGCACUCUGCUGCAGAGCACCGAGGACUGCGACAGAAGCUGUCCAUGUUUAGGCUCCGCAUCACCGGGGGACUUGCAGCUGAGACAUGCAAGGAAGCCGAAAGCGCGCCGGCGGUCGACAGCAAGGGCCUUACUGCCAAUCACGGGCCAGAGGCUGAGGCGAGCGGCCAGUCCAAGGGACGAGCCAUUUCGACGCGGUCCGAGAGGAUGGGGGGACGGAUGAGGAGAUGGGCUAGCGAUGCGAAGCAAGCUGUGCGCUCAUACGUGAGGAGAACUUUGGAUCGAUCGUCACGGCUGAGCGACUGA